AUGAAAUUAGACAUUCACCCCACAGGGACGUAUUUGACAUGUAAAAGAAAAUCUUUCAGUUCUAGAAAAAGAAAAAAUAAUGGACCGUUAAAACUUCCUCUUUUCUUGCCUUAAUUAUCGGAUCCUUUGGUUUACCAUUUUUCACUUCAAAUGCGUCCCCGUAAACUAUUCCAAUUUCCCACAUUUUCGUGGAAAACUAAUCACCAUUUUCUCAUUCUUUUCCAUUUUGUGUCACGGAACAAUGCUUGUUUUUCUUACCUUUUACUGAAAAACAGAGUCUUCUCUUUGAUCAACCUGUCAAUAUGAAUAGGAGGAAGUUAGCAUACGAGAGACAUCAGACCACGGUGGACUCGGAGACGCCAGGGACGCCGGCAUCACCACUGACAUCAUCGUCGCCGAUACACCGCCACGGACGGUCGGGAUCAAGCUACGCAAGCGUGGGGAACAUGAAGAAAGCGCAAACGAAAGCGGCGGCGCAAAGGCUGGCGGCUGUUAUGGCACACCAGCAAAACGUGGAGGGUGAUGAUGAUGACCAGCUUGAUUAUAAUAACAUUAAUGGCACGGGAGGCAUUGGACUCGCUGGUAGAAGAGCAACUCGUGCUCGUUCUCCUAUGGUAAUUUAAUGUUACGUGAUCUCAGGGGUAGGGUGUCGGAUACAA